UAUAGUAUCGGAUAUUACUAACUAUGACUAAUUUUAAAUGAAAUCGACGUGUCUUUAUUACGGCGCCGUGUAAACACUGACGAUUACUUCCGGCCAAGAUAAUUUAAAAAUGGAGCGAGGUAGAACAAGAGUGACAUAUCAGAGAAACCCAGGAUUUUUUGAAAGGAUUGGUGGUAGUUUAGUUGGAAUACUUGUUGGAUUAGUGUUGUUAGUUGUAGGAUCAUGUUUGCUGUUUUGGAAUGAGGGUAGAGCCGUACAGACAGCCAAGUCCCUUGAUGAGGGUUUGAACAUGGUGGUAAAGUUACCAAAUGUACAAGUAGUAUCGAUGGAGAAUAAUGGAAAACUUGUACAUUUGAUAGGAGAUCUUCAAACAGAUAGGGCAUUGAGUGACCCUGAGUAUCGUGUGGCUGUGCAUGCUGUGAAGCUGAACAGAGUAGUAGAGAUGUACCAGUGGCAGGAACAUGUCACAGAAAGGAAAUAUGAUGAAGGAAAUGGUCAGACACGGGUAGAAAAAGAGUAUUCAUACAGUCAAACAUGGUCGUCUAGUGUUAUCAGAAGUAAUGGUUUUGAUGAUUCCUUCAACCACAGAAAUCCAGGCUCAAUUCCGGUGGAGAGCAGGUCAUACGUAGCUUCCAAUGUCAAUGUAGGUGAAUUUAUCCUUUCUGAAGGAUUGAAGUCGAGGAUCAGUAAUUUCAAGCAGUUACGGAUGGAGCAUCACCAUGUGUCAGACAGACAUGAUGUGAGAGUGUUUGAUGGGAUGAUAUAUCAUAGUGCUGAUCCAGUACAUCCACAGACUGGGGAUACAAGAAUAAAGUUCGAGUAUGCUGGAAUCAGUGGAAGGUCUCAGCUUGGACCUCAAACAACUGUGAGUAUUAUAGCAAGACAGCUGGGUGCAAAAUUAUUGCCUUAUCAGACACUGGCAGGAGAUGUUCUGGAAAUUCUGUAUGAGGGAAGUUACUCAGCAAAGGAGAUAUUUGGCAAGGAAAAGAUGCAGAAUUCGAUACUUACCUGGGCAAUUAGAUUUGGAGGGUGGCUUCUCAUGUUCAUAGGAUUUGGAUGUUUAACCAGUAUAGUCACUACAUUAGUCGACUGGUUACCAAUCAUACGAGACGUGGUUGCUAUGGGUGUGUUCUUGAUGAACCUCAGUUUGUCGAUCAGUCUGUCGUUAACAAUCAUCGCAAUAGGAUGGAUCUUUUACCGACCCCUGCUGGGCCUCUCAAUACUGGCACUGGCUCUCACACCAUUUAUAAUGUCCAGAAUGAGUGCUGGGUCAUCUAGAAGAAUUGACUGAUCUCUGUACUGUAGUGUUUGAUGGUUUAAAAUGAUGUCCUGUGGAUCUGAGGAAUCCGAUUUAAGACAACUGUUAUAAUAUAAUAUGGUCGAAUGUUAUCUGCUCAAAACUGAACCAUGUCAAACUUCGUUUUUCAACUUUUCUUAGAUGUAAAAAAUAUUAUCAAAGGCUUUUCUGUGAUAAUGAAGAAACAUGUUACAGUUACCAUUUUAGAUGUACCAUUUAUGAUGGCAUUGUAUGUAGUUAUAGAGACUUAUAGAGUAUAGACUGUUUUUAUAAGUCAUCAAAAAGUUUUUUAUAAAUCCAUUAAUUCUGAAUUCCAUGAAAGAUUAUUUACAAAGGAAUAUAUAUGUAUUAUUAAAUACCUAAAAUAAGGACCCAAUUUCUUAAAUCUGAAGAAAAUGAAAAUGUGUUUACUCUUGAGUGCCUGCAUGUUGUAAACACUCAUUGAUAAUCAUUUGAUUUUUUUUUUGAAACUGAAAAGGUAUAAGCUAUUGUUUUUCUGUUCUGUGCAAACACUGACAAAUUUUCUUCAAAGGUAAAAAAAAAAACAAAUGGUAACUUUAGUUUCUAUCUUGAUUCUGCUGACUGGGGAGUGUUUUUAUUUUAUUGUAUGUAACUGUAUGAAUAAUAACAGAUACAUUCAAACUACAGCAAGCUUAAAACAUGCUACGAAACAACCUCCACGUGGGAAUAUUGUCAAACAAUUAUUUUUGCGUCCAAGCAAAGCAUGUGACGAUGGUAAAACCAUGUGAUCCUAAAAUGGCGACAUGCUAUGCAAAACGGCUGGUAAAUCAAAUGUGUGCCAUAAUCUACAGGCAAAUGGACAUUUAUGUCACAAACUUUAAAAACAUAAUGAAAGUAUUCAGUGUAUAUAUAUUUUGCAGUAUGUGAUUUGUCAAAUUCUCUGACUGUACUCAAAAUACUGUCAAAUAAUUUCAUUGUUUACAUUUUUAGCAGAUGCACAUCACAAGACAAGAAAAAGAAGUUAUUUUAGUAUUACUACAUUAUAUUUUUUUAGUUUUGUGCUCGUUUUACAAGCAAAAUAUAUGAUAUUUAGCUAUUGAGUUACAAACUUUUACAACAAAAUUUCAAAAAAAAUGUAAAAUAUAGCUCGGCUGAAAUUCAUAAAAGGAAGUGACAGUGUUUGAGUUUGGAUACAAAAUGGCACAGUUAAUGCUUCUUUUCUAGGUUAAUGAGAUAAAAUGAAUUAAAAUAACUGUACUUGACCUUUAUAGAGAUAAUGAAAUGAUAAAGUUUGUACUAUGACUGUAGUUGGAAUGUUAUUGUGCACAAUGACUGUACUUGUGAUGUUAUUGUGUACAAUGGCUGUACUUGUGAUGUUAUUGUGUACAAUGGCUGUACUUGGUAUGUUAUUUUGUACAAUGGCUGUACUUGGCAUGUUAUUGUGUACAAUGGCUGUACUUGGUAUGUUAUUGUGUACAAUGGCUGUAGUUGGAAUGUUAUUGUGUACAAUGGCUGUACUUGGUAUGUUAUUGUGUACAAUGGCUGUACUUGGCAUGUUAUUGUGUACAAUGACUGUACUUGUGAUGUUAUUGUGUACAAUGACUGUAGUUGGAAUGUUAUUGUGCACAAUGACUGUACCUGUGAUGUUAUUGUGUACAAUGAACUUGGCAUGUUAUUGUGCACAAUGGCUGUACUUGGCAUGUUAUUGUGUACAAUGACUGUACUUGGCAUGUUAUUGUGUACAAUAACUGUACUUGGCAUGUUAUUGUGUACAAUGACUGUACUUGGUAUGUUAUUGUGUACAAUGACUGUACUUGGCAUGUUAUUGUGUACAAUAACGGUACUUGGCAUGUUAUUGUGUACAAUGACUGUACUUGGCAUGUUUUUGUGUACAAUGACUGUACUUGGUAUGUUAUUGUGUACAAUGAGUGCUUCUGUAUUGAAAUAUGUAUAUAUUAUCAGAAACUUUUAAUGCAAAUUUUGCCAAGUGUAAAAUGUAUGAAACAUUACAUUAUCUAAGUUAAAAAGGAAAAGAAAAUUCCAUUUAGCUUUGAUGAUUUUUUUUAGAACAUAUGCAAUAGAGAAUAUUUGUUUGUUUUAGUGUAAGAUCGAAAUAUAUUUCACCGAGUGAACACUAUCAUGCGAUAUUUUCACGAGUGGCACAGCCACGAGUGAAAAUGUAAAUCAUGGUGUUCACGAGUGAAAUAUAUUUCGAUCUUAUACUGAAACAAACAAAUUUUCUAUUUAUUUUAUGCAUUUUUAAUGGUUUUAACCAAAUUAUAUCCAGUUUGUCCGCGCAACGUCACGUGCAUCGCAUCAUGACGUCAUAAUAUCGUGACAUCAGGAUAUCUUUGUAGAAAAACUGUAAAGAAUUCUAUUACGUUUCCUGAUUUCUUUCACAUUUUAUUAUGAUAGAAUGUAAAUAUUUAUGAUCCUGUUACUAUUUUUACACAUCUAUACCUUUACUGAAGAAUAUUUUGCAAGGAACUUUCUGUCAUCUUUAAUUCAUAUUACUUUACAUUCAAGUGUAGUUCCGUACCUUUGAAAAUGAAAGUAAUAUUUUCACUGUUUGAAACAGUGAAAAUAUCAAUUUUAUUUCACUGAUAAAUUUCAGUAUUUCACAGAAGAGCAUAAAAUAAAAGGGUAUAUAUUGUGCAAAUGGUAGAUUUCUGUAAGGUUCAUUAAGAAAUUCUAGGCAUAAUAUUUUCAUUUGUAAUUCAUUGUAUAUAAUCUUGUUCAUGCUUAAAUUUAGGUAUUUUGAUUUCUAUUUAAUUCCGGUUAGACAUUAUCUACAUAUAGUAUUAUCUCUAAUUCUAACAAAAUAUGAAACCCAGGUAUGGUAUACAUGUAUAUUUGAAACUUGUUGGAUCAACAUUGUUGUCUAGUGGUAACACUGACUAUCAAACCAAAACUCCCAUGUUGUAGCCCCCACAACACUCCUCUCAAUGAAAAUUAUUUACGCUGGGAUAAUAGUCUUGUUUAGGGAGCUUCUGGAGUUAGAGUUUUCUGAUUCUUGCAUUACUCUCCAACUAAAAUUACGAACAAUCUAGUAGAGAAGCUACCUGUUUGGUUACUUGUGAUAACUAUAAAUAAAUGAAUAAAUUAAGUAAUUAAUAGUAUGAUACGACACAAGAAAGUUACCAUAAAACUAGCAGCCAAUUGUUGCAUCAUGAAUGACAAUAUCCACAGUUUUAAUGCGUAGAUAGAAAUAUAUUAUUUCCAACAAUAUUAAAAUGUAAAUUGAUUCUUAAAUUUUAGUAAAUCUCAGAAAUAUUUAUCAGUUGAUGAAAAUGAGUCAUGUAUAACCAUUUCUAAAAUACAUUAUCAUUUGUCUACACCUUGAACCUGGAAGAAAAAUUGAGUUUUUUUUUUAUAUGUAGCAAUAAGCUAUAUCAGAUUACUAAGGUCAGGACAAGUUGAAUAAGUAUUAACUUAUUAUAACUACCAUAUACCAGAGCUGUUUCACAUUUUGAUAGAAAGAAUUCAUGUCUGUGAUAGUUAAAGUAUGAACUUGUGUGUAGCUCAUCGUGUUUUGUCCUCAUAGCUGAUCGUGUUAUGUCCUCAUCAUAGUAUUUUCUAUUUCGAUACAUUAUGCAGUCACAAGCAAAUUCUGAGAGUUUGUUCUGUCCAUCUGGAUGUACCAAAGUACCAGAAAUAGCACUUACAUUUCUCUGUCUGCAGUAGUGUCAGUUUACUGUCAAAAGAUAAUAAAAAGCACAUAGAAACAUGUCAGUAAAAAUAGUUUUUCUUAAUCACAUGUCUUUAGGUGCAUUUAAAAGGGGAUAACUUUGUGUGGCUGAAGUGUUGUUAUGGCAACUUUUUCUGGCUUUUGAAGGUAGAGAAAGACCCAGGUUUCCCCUAAUAAAAUCAGUCCGGACUCUUAGAACUCCUUUCGAUUGUGAUUUUUUGAUUUACAUCAGUAUGUGUUAGCAAAAUCUCGAUUACGCAAUACAUUGUUGCCGUCUUUUCUUUUAUGGAUCAUGUUUAACUUGCAAAUUGAAAGCUUUUAUCUAUCACAGCCUUUAAACAUUGUAGUUGUUCUGAUAAAUGGAUUAUUUCUACAUUGUUUUUUUUUUUUGCUGAAUGAAAUAAGAAACUGUUAACUGUGUUCUAGUUUUGUGUGUUUGUUUUUAUAUGGAAUGUGUUCUGUAAUAAUCAAAGUACCAAUAUAUCUUGAAUAUAGUCUGUUAGCUUCUCUUUUUGUUAAUUAUUUACAUUCUUGUAAAUCAUGUAUUUUUACAAAUAAUUUACUUUUAAGAUAAAUGAAUCUAAUUA